AGCAUCACUUGUCCCGCGGCCGCGCUCAGACAACAAAAGCGGAAGAUGCUGCAGUUGGGCAAGGUCAGGACCUUGCCCUGAAGCCGGGCGGCGGCACACACGCCUUUUCCCGGACUGAGGAGCUGUAGCUGGCGGCGGGUGCAUGUUCGCGAGGAAGCAGUCGGGCGCCGCGCCGUUCGGAGCUAUGCCUGUCCCAGACCAGCCUUCGUCAGCCUCUGAGAAGACCAGCUCCCUGAGCCCUGGCUUAAACACCUCCAAUGGGGACGGCUCUGAAACGGAAACCACCUCUGCCAUCCUCGCCUCCGUCAAAGAACAGGAAUUGCAGUUUGAAAGGCUGACCCGGGAGCUGGAGGCUGAACGGCAGAUCGUAGCCAGCCAGCUAGAGCGAUGCAAACUUGGGUCCGAGACAGGCAGCAUGAGCAGCAUCAGUUCAGCAGAAGAGCAGUUUCAUUGGCAGCCACAAGAUGGUCAAAAAGAUAUCGAAGAUGAACUUACAACAGGUCUUGAGCUGGUGGACUCCUGCAUCCGAUCACUGCAGGAGUCAGGAAUCCUUGACCCACAGGACUAUUCCACCAGCGAAAGGCCCAGCCUGCUCUCCCAGAGUGCACUUCAGCUCAAUUCCAAACCUGAAGGGUCUUUCCAGUAUCCGGCCAGCUACCAUAGCAACCAGACUCUGGCCCUGAGUGACACAGCCCCUUCGCAGCUCCCAGCCCGAAGCACUCAAGCCCGAGCUGGGGGCCAGAGCUUCAGCCAGGGCACGACGAGCCGCGCUGGCCACCUGACGGGGCCUGAGCCCGCGCCGCCGCCGCCGCCACGGGAGCCGUUCGCGCCCAGCCUGGGCAGCGCCUUCCACCUGCCCGACGCGCCGCCCGCCGCUGCCGCCGCGCUCUACUACUCCAGCUCCACGCUGCCCGCGCCGCCGCGCGGGGGCUCCCCGCUGACCGCGCCGCAGGGCGGCUCGCCCACCAAGCUGCAGCGCGGAGGCUCGGCCCCCGAGGGCGCCGCCUACGCCGCGCCGCGCGGCUCCUCGCCCAAGCAGUCGCCCAGCCGCCUGGCCAAGUCCUACAGCACCAGCUCGCCCAUCAACAUCGUCGUGUCCUCGGCCGGCCUGUCCCCGAUCCGCGUGACCUCGCCCCCCACCGUGCAGUCCACCAUCUCCUCCUCGCCCAUCCACCAGCUGAGCUCCACCAUCGGCACCUACGCCACCCUGUCGCCCACCAAGCGCCUGGUUCACGCGUCCGAGCAGUACAGCAAGCACUCGCAGGAGCUGUAUGCCACCGCCACCCUCCAGAGGCCGGGCAGCCUGGCAGCUGGGUCCCGAGCCUCAUACAGCAGCCAGCAUGGGCACCUGGGCCCUGAGCUGCGGGCCCUGCAAUCCCCAGAACACCACAUAGACCCCAUCUACGAAGACCGCGUCUAUCAGAAGCCCCCUAUGAGGAGUCUCAGCCAGAGCCAGGGGGACCCUCUGCCGCCAGCACACACCGGCACCUACCGCACGAGCACAGCCCCAUCCUCCCCCGGUGUCGACUCCGUCCCCUUGCAGCGCACAGGCAGUCAGCACGGGCCACAGAGUGCCACAGCAGCCACCUUCCAGAGGGCCAGCUACGCCGCAGGCCCAGCCGCCAACUACGCAGACCCCUACCGACAGCUGCAGUAUUGUCCCUCUGUUGAGUCUCCUUACAGCAAAUCCGGCCCUGCCCUCCCGCCCGAAGGCACCUUGGCCAGGUCCCCGUCCAUCGACAGCAUUCAGAAAGACCCCAGAGAAUUUGGAUGGAGAGACCCAGAACUGCCCGAAGUGAUCCAGAUGUUGCAACAUCAGUUUCCUUCAGUCCAGUCUAAUGCUGCAGCCUAUUUACAACACCUCUGUUUUGGAGACAAUAAAAUUAAAGCUGAGAUAAGGAGACAAGGGGGCAUACAGCUCCUGGUGGACCUGCUGGAUCACCGGAUGACGGAAGUCCACCGCAGUGCCUGCGGCGCCCUGAGGAACUUGGUGUAUGGAAAGGCCAAUGAUGAUAACAAAAUCGCCCUGAAAAACUGCGGUGGCAUCCCCGCACUGGUGAGGUUACUCCGCAAGACUACGGACCUGGAGAUCCGGGAGUUGGUCACAGGAGUCCUGUGGAACCUCUCGUCGUGUGAUGCACUCAAAAUGCCAAUCAUCCAGGACGCCCUGGCAGUAUUGACCAACGCGGUGAUUAUCCCCCACUCAGGCUGGGAAAAUUCACCUCUUCAGGACGAUCGGAAAAUACAGCUGCAUUCAUCACAGGUGCUGCGCAAUGCCACUGGGUGCCUAAGGAAUGUAAGUUCAGCCGGAGAGGAGGCCCGCCGGAGGAUGCGGGAGUGUGACGGGCUCACAGAUGCCUUGCUUUACGUGGUCCAGUCUGCACUGGGGAGCAGCGAGAUCGAUAGCAAGACCGGUGAAAACUGUGUGUGCAUCUUAAGGAACUUCUCAUACCGGCUGGCAGCAGAAACGUCUCAGGGACAGCACAUGGGCACGGAUUAGCUGGACGGGCUGCUCUGCGGCGAGGCCAACAGCAAGGACAAGGAGUGCUCUGGGUGCUGGGGCAAGAAAAAGAAGAAAAAGAAAUCCUAGGACCAGGUGAUGCUGGACACUCACAGCUGCAUGCACUCAUUCCCUCCCUCCUUGCAACGUGAAUUUCCUUUCUGUAUGUCCAGAUACCCGGUUUGCAUUUCCACUGUGCGAGGUGGGAAAGUGACUCUACUGCGUCCACCUGCCUCUGUUCUUUUUUCCCUGAACCUUCUUUCUCUGCUUGCCCUCUCCUCAACUCUUCCCUGUGUUUCCUUUUCCAAAGGCAAAUACGCCAUGCGAGACCUGGUCCACAGGCUUCCCGGAGGGAACAACAGCAACAACGCAGCGAGCAAGGCCAUGUCCGACGACACGGUGACCGCCGUCUGCUGCACCCUGCACGAGGUGAUCACCAAGAACAUGGAGAACGCCAAGGCCUUGCGGGACGCGGGAGGCAUCGAGAAACUGGUCGGCAUCUCCAAGAGCAAAGGAGACAAACACUCCCCAAAAGUGGUCAAGGCUGCAUCUCAGGUCCUAAACAGCAUGUGGCAGUACCGAGAUCUGAGAAGUCUGUACAAAAAGGAUGGAUGGUCACAAUAUCACUUUGUAGCCUCAUCUUCAACCAUCGAGAGGGAUCGGCAAAGGCCCUACUCCUCCUCCCGCACACCCUCCAUCUCCCCUGUGCGCGUGUCUCCCAACAACCGCUCAGCAAGUGCCCCAGCUUCACCUCGGGAAAUGAUCAGCCUCAAGGAAAGGAAGACGGACUACGAGUCCACCAGCAGCAACGCCACCUACCACGGAACUAAAGGCGAGCACACUUCCAGGAAAGACACCAUGACAGCUCAGAACACCGGGAUUUCCACCUUGUAUAGGAAUUCAUACGGUGCGCCCGCCGAGGACAUCAAACACAACCAGGGUUCAGCACAACCGGUCCCCCAGGAGCCCAGCAGAAAAGAUUACGAGGCCUACCAGCCGUUUCAGAACUCCACGAGGAAUUACGACGAGUCCUUCUUCGAGGACCAGGUCCACCACCGCCCUCCGGCCAGCGAGUACACCAUGCACCUGGGCCUCAAGUCCACGGGCAACUACGUCGACUUCUACUCGGCAGCCCGUCCCUACAGCGAACUGAACUAUGAAACGAGCCACUACCCGGCCUCGCCCGACUCCUGGGUGUGAGCCGGCCAGGCGCCCGCCCGGAGCAGUGCAUGUGCAUGCAGACACCACGAGACAUUUCUCCCCACCCUGCAAAUUUAGUUUGUUCAAGCCUGUUCCAUAGGAAGGCUGUGGUAACCAGUAAGGGAAUAUUAAGAGCUAUUUUAGAAAGCUAAACGAAUCAAACGUUAACUCGGCAACCAGUAGAUCCUAAACACGACAACGGGCCACACCGUUCUAGUCUGAGCUGUAGGGUUUGAAGAGUGCUUCAUAUGGAAGGCGGCAGAGGAAGGAGGGAGGAGAGGCCGGUGGCGGGGCGUGGAGGUUAGUUAAGCACAAGACACAGAAGAGUUUACACACUUAUGGGGGACGGCUUCUCACGCUUUGUUUACUCUCUUCAUCCGUUGUGACUCUAGGCUUCAAGUUGCAUUGGGGUUCCUCUGUAUAGCAAGAUGUUUCUUGCCUUUUGUUAAUGCAUUGUUGUAAAGUAUUUGAUGUACAUUACAGAUUAAAGAAGAGCGCAUUGUGUAUAUUA